GUAGAAUUUUGUAAACAAUAACAAUUAAUGUGUAAAUAGUCCGAAUAAAAAAUGGGCAGCAAGCGCAAAUGGCUCCCCGCCGAAGAGGACACCUUCAUUCGGAUCUGGUCCGACAAUUUGGAUCUGUACCGCAGCGGCAAAAAACAAAUUGAAAUUUGCCGACUUCUGGAGGACGAGUUCCGAUUUGAAGGCAUUGAAAUAAAUCCCGUGGGAAUCAAAAUGAAAAUGAACUCGUUCAAGCGCAAGUAUUUCCACAUCGCAAAAGGUGAUGAAAAGUUGCAAACGCGCAAAUGGCGGCACUUUAAAACUCUGGAAACAAUAUUCGGAACGCAAUUAAAAGAGCUGGAAGAGAGCUUCGACUCCGACGAAACCGUUGCUAAGCAAACGAGAAAAACCAGAUCAAGAAAAACAAAUAUUCCAGAUAAUAAACCGUUCAACCAGGUCUAUGUGGACGAGUGCACUAGUUUGCUGCUUGACGAGGAAGACUGUACGCCACCCAGCAGUUCAACGAGCGAGGUAUACCAGGAGCCAUCGGCAAAGAAGCAAAAAAUAAACGAGGACCGCCAGGAGCCACCGGCAAAACAGCAUACAUCUAGCAACGCCAAGAAUUCCAAGCAGAGUGUCCAGAAUUCAAAGCCGAAUUCACUAUACACCAAAGCAGGCAAGCUCAGACAACCCAAGCGUCCACGCAGGAAUUGGACCAUUGAAGAGGAAGUUACGUUCAUUGAAGUGUGGAAGAACUAUGUGGGCGACUUGCUGGGAGAGGGAAAGAAGAAGGCGGAUAUCUACCGAGCUAUGAAAAAUGAGCUGCAAACAUAUGGCGUAGGAUUGGACAAGAUACCCUCGGACGUUAAGGCGAAAAUGGAAUCUUUGAAGCGUACAUUCAAAUCUGAACAUGAAAUCUAUGGAGCCAACUCGGAGUGGAUUCACUAUGCUAAACUGGUGGAUGUGGUGGGCCCUCUGAAUGGCAUACUUAUUGAAACACAUCACGAUACCAGCAGCAGUUCCGACGAUUGGUUCCCCAAUAAAAUGAAGGCCGAAUCUCGUAGUCAGUUUCCAGAUCCUUUGGAAGAACAGAAACAGCAAGAUGCCAACGACUCCGAUGAUUCCUUCUGCUGGGUCCUUGAAGAGGCAGCAGAAGCACCUUCUAGCCAUCCAGAACCCCCAAGUGAUUCGGCUACAAAUCAGCUCUUAGAACACACAGAUGAAGGGUGUUCUCCGGUUGAGAGCCCUGUAGAUUUUAGUGAAUUUAAUAACGCUAAUAAUAAUGAUUCAGAAACUUGUAAAGACUACAUGCAGGACCUAGAAGAAGCAGAGGAGACAGACGAGAGUACCGAACAGCCAGACGACAAUCCCUCGAGCCAUAAGCAAAAAUCUGUAGAGCAAUUCACACAAUUUGUUGCAAAAGAGUUACUAGUACUGGAUGACGAUCUGUUUUUAGAGGCCAAGAGAUGUAUUUACGAUGUUCUUCAUAAUAUGGAACGUAAGCAAUUAAAGCUAAAUAAGCAUUAAAUUGCUUUAAAUAAAAGCCUGUUUCAUUUCAU